AUGCUGGGCAAUGCCGCGGCGAGCAGACAGACCGCAGCACGUGAUAGCAAGCGUGGUUCCACUGAUGAACGCAUUGGCUUGCAUACAAAGUACAUUCCGUUAUUAUUAGAAGUCCAUGCCCGCAUCGUACAUCCCACAUCCAUAAUGGGCCCCCCGGCAUCCAAGUGGUGGCAAGAGCCCAACGAUGCCGACCUCGACUACGGAUUCGAUUCUGACGAAGUGGACACCAGAUAUAACGAACCUGAUCGAAACGCUUCCCAAAAAAAUACAAACAAUCCGAGCAACACUCAGAGUACGGAAAAUACGGGUGUGAUUGGAAGCAUGUCUUCUUGGCUCCAGCGUCAGGCUGGUUCAUCCCAUGGACAGCUUGCGACAGCAGCUGUCAUAUCAGGCGCAGCUGUCGCAAGUGCUAUUUUUGGGUACCAGUCAUACAAGCGCAAGGAAGCUGUUCUUGACCUGAAAGCUUCGAUCCCAAGUAUCGAUGAUUCGCAUCCUGCGGGAAUGCUCACCGAUUUUGGCAUUGCCUCGAAUGAAGUACAGCUGAGCAAGGAAGAUGAGCGCAGUGCAGCUUUGGCUCGCAGAGCUCAACAGGGAGACUAUGAUGAUGACUUGAUCCUUGAACAGCUCGCUCGCAAUCGGGUGUUCCUCGGUGACGAAGGCCUUGCCAAGCUUCGAUCAUCAUUCGUCGUCGUUGUCGGAUGUGGUGGUGUCGGUUCACAUGCCGCUGCUUCACUGGCGCGAUCGGGCGUCUCCAAAAUCCGGCUCAUCGAUUUCGAUCAAGUCACCCUAUCGUCACUGAACCGACAUGCCCUUGCGACAUUGGCUGAUGUUGGUACGCCGAAGGUCCAUUGCAUUCGGAGGCGAUUGGAACAAAUCGCACCGUGGGUUGCCUUUGAUUGCCGGAAUGAACUGUAUGGAAAGGCCGCGUCCGAGGAUCUCCUCGGCCCAUGGUCUAUGACACAAGAUGGACAGGGCCGUCGACCAGAUUUCGUCUUAGAUUGUAUCGAUAACAUUACGUCCAAGGUAGAGUUGCUACACUACUGCCACUCAAACUCCUUGCCUGUGAUUUCGUCGAUGGGUGCAGGAUGCAAGUCGGACCCGACUCGCGUUGUGGUUGGCGAUAUCUCGCUCAGCACGGAUGAUCCUUUGUCCCGCAGUACACGCCGCAGACUGAAGCUCCUUGGCGUCUCGUCCGGCGUUGCAGCAGUAUUCUCGACAGAGAAACCGGGCCCGGGCAAGGCUACACUACUUCCUCUCCCCGAGGAUGAAUUCGCUAAGGGUCAAGUUGGUGAGCUUGGAGUUCUUCCUGACUUCAGAGCCCGCAUCCUCCCAGUACUGGGGACCAUGCCUGCAGUCUUUGGUUACACAGUAGCCAACCACGUUAUCUGCACUAUCACUGGCUACCCGCUUGACUAUAACAUGGGCGCUAAGGGCCGCGAGAAACUCUACGAUACCAUCUUGAGUUCUUUGUUAAGCUUGCAUGAACGGAUGAUUCGACAAGUCACCGGUCAAGAUACCGUGGGGCUUCGCGCCCCGCUCAGCAAGGAUGAUAUCGCAUUCGUUGUGGAGGAAGUAUACCGGGGGAAGAGUGUAGUUAGUGGCUUGUCUAACAGACUCGCUCUCAUUCCCUGGCAGACUCCUUCUCACGGAUGGAACAUGGAUCUAAGCCUUGAGAAAGAGGGACAAAAGACCGUUCCGAUGAACAUCAAUGAAAUGGUUUGUAUGACUAAGGAAGAAGCAGUUCGACACGAGAACGAGGUGCUUAAGGGUGGCAAGAAAGUGGAAGAGGUAUAUGACCAGACUGUUCUCCAGCGUGUAAACCUGCGGAGACGGGAAGCAGAGGAAUGGCAAUCAGGAGUCCCUGGAGGUUCCCAGCGCGGCUCCCCAUCAGAUGACAUUAAACCCCCGGGAUGGUCUGAAAUGGCUCUCUCGGUAGGUUCCGCGCCGCGGCUCCGGCGUUACCUGCUGAUCUGCGCCGCAUUAUUUAUAUUUGCAUGGGUUGGUUGGCGAAUCCUACUUUCUGCGCGACUGCAAGAGCAAACUUCACUAUCGCAUUCACUUGAUCCAACAUCUGAGACAGAGAUAGGUGGGUGGUUCGGGGGAAAUUCGUCUCCUCAGAUCGACGGCUUAAUUCAGAUCCGUAUACUGGACCCAAACCUGGUGCCUGGGCAUAUAGCGGGAGGGAAUACAGGGGAAUCCACCCGGAAGCGGCUAAUUAUUGUGGGCGAUGUGCAUGGCUGUAAAGAGGAGUUGGUGCAACUUCUUGAAAAAGUUUCCUUCAAUCAAGAAGGUGGCGAUCACCUUAUCUUUGUCGGUGACAUAAUCAACAAGGGACCAGACAGUACAGGAGUUGUGGACUUAGCUCGGCAGCAUUCGGCAUCUAGUGUUCGUGGGAACCACGAGGACCGCAUUCUGCUUCUUCGACAAGAGAUGGUGAAGACCGAAACCCUCACAACCCCCGAUAAUGAUGAAGACUCUCACUUCUCAUCCGGACAACUUAACGAACGUGCACUCGCGCGGUCUUUGAGCGACGAGCAAGUUCAGUGGCUGGAGAACUGCCCGGUAAUCCUGAAUGUCGGCCAAGUUUCAGGUAUCGGCCAGGUGGUUGUUGUUCAUGCGGGACUAGUGCCGGGCAUCGAUCUUGAGAAGCAAGACCCUCUCAGCGUGAUGACUAUGCGGACCAUUGAUUUAGAUACCCAUGUACCCAGCCCGAAAAAAAAGGGAAUGCAUUGGGCUAAAUCAAAGCUGUAUAAACAUCAGUCGAAACUGUACUCCAGCCUCGAGACUUCAACUGAAGAUCCGCUUUCGAACACAAUGACUGUUGUCUAUGGCCAUGAUGCCUCUUCCUCUCUUGCUAUCCGCACAUUCACAAAAGGUCUUGACUCGGGUUGUGUGAAGGGAGGAAAGCUCACGGCGUUGGUUAUAGAGGAUGGCGGAAAGCAAAGUAUUGUACAGGUAUCCUGUCAUGACUAUCUAAAGGCAUGA